CAGCUGUUGCCGGAAGUAAACCUGACCCACUGACUGUUUUUCUUUUGUAGGCUGUGACGAGAGACAUUCUACUUCCUUGGGUCUUAGUGGGUGUUGCGAAACCCUUGGGUCAAAGAAAAAUGUCUCAAAAUAGACAGAAGGCUGUCAACGCCCCUUCAAUUCUACUUCAAGACCAUGAAAAUGAAGCAUUGUUCCAAACUGUUGGAAGGUCUUGCACGACCAUUGCUACCGGUGUGGUCCAGCUGUACCUGGCUGACCCUCCAGACCGCACACGAUGGAGCAAGCGGUGCUGCGGUGUGGCCUGCUUCGUCAAGGACGCCACCAAGCGAUCCUUCUACAUCAGAGUCUACGACAUCAAGAAACAGCAAAUGAUCUGGGAACAAGAGCUGUACAAUCAAUUUGUCUACAAGACACCGAGAGAAUACUUCCAUACCUUUGAGGCUGAGAAUUGUCAAGCUGGAAUGAACUUUGCGAGUGAGGAUGAGGCCAUGAAGUUCAAGAAGGCUGUGGACCAGAAACUGCAUGAAAGGCGUCUCAAGCGCCAAGAGAGGAAGCGCCAGACCAUGGCCCAGAAGCACGGUGGUGGGGGGACCAACGCAUCCGGGGCUGUUCCUCAACGUAUGGGUCAGUCUCAGGCUCCUCCCCAGCAGACCAUAACAGUGGACCUGAACAGAAACAACAACACCAGCAACAAUUUGAAGAAAGACAAGGACAAGAACAAGAAGGAUGGAGGAAAGAAGAAGCUUACCAAGGCCGACAUCGGAACUCCCUCCAAUUUCAUUCAUGUGAGCCACGUGGGAUGGGAUCCAGACAAGGGAUUUGAUAUGGACAAUCUGGAUCCGGACAUGCACAAGUUGUUCCAGUCCGUGGGCAUCAAGCCGGACGAUAAGGUGGAUAAGGACACCAUCCACUUCAUCUACGAGUUUGUGGAGCAGCACGGCGGCAUUGAGGCUGUGAAGAAGGCGCUAGGACCUAAUGAAGGUGGAGGUGCCCCCCCUCCUCCUCCCCCUAGCAACCGGGGAGUCAUGUCAAUGCCCCCACCUCCCCCAGCUCGAUCAUCCGGACCCCCACCACCCCCAUCGAGGGCAGCCAUGCCUCCCCCACCUCCCCCAAGCCGUGGAGCCCCUCCACCCAUGAGAGGAGCCGCCCCGCCUCCACCCCCGUCCCGCGCCCCAGGAGCUCCUCACAGAGCCCCUAGCUCCGCCCCUCCGGCCCCACCCAUGUCUGCGGCUCCUCCCCCUCCCCCACCUAUGGCAAUGGGCUCGAGGCCGCCACCACCACCUUCCAGCGGGCCUCCCCCACCUCCUCCCCCAGCAGGAGGACCCCCACCACCUCCCCCUCCCCCCGCUGGAGGCCCCCCACCCCCACCCCCUCCUCCCCCUCCCCCUCCACCACCUACGGCGAGCCCAGCCGGAGCUGAUACCUCUGGGAGAGGAGCGUUGAUGGAAGCCAUCAGAGGUGGCGCGAGUCUGAAGACGUCCUCUCACACCAGCAAUGAGGCUCCUAAGUCGGCCGACUCUCGCGGUCAGCUUCUGGACGCCAUCAGACAUGGGGCUCAACUGAAGAAGGUGGACAAUCAGGAGGAUAGACCAGUGUCCAGCGGCCCGGAGGAAAUGGGAGGCCUGGUUGGGGCACUGGCUAAAGCUCUGGCCAGUCGGCGUCCAGCUUGUGUGGACAGCGAUGACGACGAUGAUGAUGAUGACGAUGACGACGAUGUCAGUGAUGAUGAUGACUGGGAUGAUUAAACAGUUGGACGGUUACCAACAAGAUGCUUAUUCUACAGCAGUUUAUUACGGACUUGUUCCUGACCAUCCAGCUCUGUUUGCUUUGUCAUUGUUGUAACGUUUGUUAAAACAACUUUUUCUUUGUACCGGUAUUUUUAGUGGACAAGGGGGUAUUUCUUUUGAUUUGUUUUAUGCUUUGCUUUUCGUUUAUGUGUCUGAUAAAAGGGGAAAGUGUGGGAGAGGGGGUUCUUCUAUUUAAAAAGAACAAAAUUUCCUUUUAGACAAAGCUCAGCUCUUUCGUUGAUAUUGUUUCUUCCUUAUUGAAUUGUUUGAUGAUGUUUUAUUACACAAGAUAGUAAUAUAUUAUAAGGUGUAGAAAGAAAUAGAAUAAUAGCUAUGACUUCGAAACAUCGCUUAUAUUAUCAUUGUAACUUUUUCGUAAUCUUAUGUUUAUGUUUUGAACUGGCUCAUAUCAGAUUUUCUUGAUUUGGUGCUUUAAUAUCACACGUGCGUUCAAGAUAAUGUCUUUCCACGCUAGCUGCACUAAGAUAUCGGCACAGCAAGUGGGGUUCCAUCAAGGCACAGAAUUCCAAGUUCAAUUAUAUGUGAUUUUCAUUUUAUUAAGUUACUUGUAGUGGAACAAUGAUAUUAGUGAUUGCACGGGAAAACCUCUGCAACCUACAUCCAAACUUCAAAGCUAUUGUUGUUGUUAUGACAGUAUUGUUGCAACCAUCAGUAUGUUCUGGCCUCUUUCUUUUGGAUUGUUAUUAUCCUGUUUUGUUUGGAUCAAAAGGCAUGAUGGUCAGUACAAUAAUUUGGUUGUAAGAAAGACAACUUUUGACCUUCCUGUUGUCUUGAUGUAAGUACUUGCUACUACUGUCAAUGGGGUUUCCUUUUCCACCAAGUAUUUGAUGAGGACACAGAUAAAAUCUGAAAUUUCUGUCCCAUGAUUGAGUGUCAAGGAUGCUUUUACAUAUACACUUUAUGCACUUGUCCAUUGCAUUUCACCAAAUGGAAGGUUAAUUUCCUAGCUUGCCUUAUUUUUGUACAUUUGUACUCAUAUGACUCUCAUGCUUGAAAAAAAAAUGCUGAUAUUUGUUUAGAUUUUGCUAAUCUUGUCAGUAUAAUGUAAUCAACAUGCUGGACAAAAGAGCAAGUGGUUUUUUUAUUUUGGUGAUGGGUAAUAAUAUAGUUUCUUUUCUUUUUUAACUGUUAUUUUGAAUAGAGAAUUGAUUAAAUUUUAUAGAGUUUGUGCAUGUUUAGUGGUUCUGUUCCUGUGAAGUCACUGUGUGGUGUUUUGUGUGUUUGGGUAUUCCUCAAGUUUUGCAUGCGGGAAGUUGGCGUGUGCCCUGAUGUGGUUUCUCCCUCUGUCCUAUAAAGCGUCUAUCGUCCUUAUCUCUACUUCUUCUCUUUUAUUUGUAUGUUACUCUCUCGUAACACCUCUAAUCCUUGGAACUUGUAUGAUGAGCUAUUUGUGUUGCAAAUGCGAAUGCCUUAAAAUUCUUAUGUAAGUAUUUCAUGACGCAUCUGUGUUGUAAUGGUUUGGCUCUUUGUCCUCCCAUGCAGAAAAUUUGAGUUUGAUUCCCACGUGGGGAAAUUAUUUGACUGAAUAUCCUCAUCUGUAUGCUGGGAUGUUAUGUCAUUCAUCUUGGGUAAAUCAUUUUAAUUUUAGAUAAUUAUAAUUAAAUUGUGUUAAUGGGGGCAUUAAACAUAAUAUACAAUGAAUCCUAUACAAAUCAUAUAGAACCUAUUUAUUUCUCACUUCAUAAAUGGAGAAAAAAAAAGUUUUUCAACUCUGCUCUUAAACUUAAAAAUGCUUGUGAUUUUUCGCCGUUCAGGAUUUGAGGGCCUUGCAACAGUUCGCCUGCGUGAAAACGAAAAGAAUUUUGGUUUUGAGACUGAUUUUUGGAUCUGAGUUUUGAAUUUUAAGACUGUCCAUAGGGCCCAAGGCAUCUCCUCUUCUAACAAGGAAUUAAUAACUUAGCUCAUAUCAGUGUUGUUUCUAUUGAAUAAAGGCUCAAACAUUUAUUGUAUUGUUUCCGCAUAUGUACUGCACUGUACACCCCUAACCAAUAAAUUCCCUGAAGACAAA